AUGCGCGCAGGUUCAGAGGCAAAUGAGGAAAGAAGAAUGCGUUCCUUUACCAAGGCGUCUCGCGACACGCCACCUUGGCUGCACGCGAUCCUCAACGACUCGAAACCUCCACCUAUAUCGUACGCGUGGACCCUGGACAACCUAGGCUCGCAAGGCGCCCCCAGGUCGGGCCAGGCAUAUCUAUCCUCUGCUCAUAGGAAAUCCGAGUCUCGAAUCUUUGUCUUGGGCCUGGGAAAUCUCGGUAGACUGUAUGCCACAUGUCUGUCACAGCUGUCAAACCCCCCGCCCAUCACUCUUGUCGUGCAUCGACGCAGCCUUCUGGAGCAUUGGGCUUCUGAUCCAGGCAUCGAAAUGACGCGGUAUGGACACACCGAACGGCUCUCAAACUUUGACGUCGAGUGGUGGACUCCUGAGAAGCCAUCAGUCGGCCCUGUCCGAGAAGUCGUCGACGGCGGGCGAAUAUCGAAUCUCAUCGUUGCGACGAAAGCUCCAGCUGCAAUCCCAGAGGUCGACAGACUACGCCGCUAUCUCGACGGCUCGUCAACUGUCCUUUUUGUGCAGAAUGGCAUGAACAGGCUUUGGCCUCCGCAUGGGACUACCUAUUUCACAUGUCGGUAUCCGGACGGCCGUCAUCCCACCUUUCUCCACGGCGUGACCAUGCAUGGGGUGUUCUCAGAAGGUCCUUUCAAGAGUGUACAUGCUGCCCCGGCAGGCGUGGUUGUCGGGCCCGUAUGCUCGAGCGAUGAACAAGCCGAAAGGCCCAGCUAUCUCACCAGACUCAUCGCAACGGCACCUCAUCUAGCGGGUCAAGCAGUGCCUCGCCCGGAGCUCUGGAUACUGCAGCUCGAGAAGCUCGUUGUCAACAUGAUCAUCAAUCCUCUCACAGCCAUUUUGCGAGUCAGAAAUGGCGUCCUUUUCGCCGACCCAGACGGAAAGACUGUCAAGAUCAUGGACGAACUGCUUAGGGAGACAAGCGACGUCCUUCAGGCACUGAUCCAACACGAAAGCAGCCAGGAGAUCAUGAAGGACGGCAACAUGUCUGUUGAAUCCCUGGCACGCCGCCUCUCCACCCCGGCUUUGAGAGAGAUGUUACAUGUGGUUGGCGAGAAGGUGAAGUACAACAAGAGUUCCAUGUUCCAGGAUGUCGAGGCUGGCAAGCAGACCGAGAUCAGGGAAUUCAAUGGCUGGCUCAUCGAGACAGCAGGUUUCCUGGGCCAAGAUCUGGACGUGAGUCGGCACAAGGCCUUGGUCGAUCUCGUGGAGCAGGGUGUCACGCUUGACGAGUCUGAGCUGGGCAGGCGUCUGCUGCACCGCUGA